AUGUUACUGAAGCGGGUUCUCCUUGCGGCGUUGCUCUCUUUGAGCUCCGUCAACGCGUUCCCUAAUCCAAACCACGCCAAUGACCUCGAGGCUAGAGAAGCUGAAGAUAAUCUCGUUGCUCGUGGCGGCAACACCGACUGCGGCUCUUACGCCAGCUGGGACAAAGGAAAGAACCGCUGCGUCUGCAAAGACAAUGGCAAGGUCUAUGAUUCAAAGCACAAGACGUGCAACUGUCCUCCUGGGCAGGUCUGGUAUGGCUACGGAUGCGUUGUAGACUGUGGCAAGCAGGCACACUACGACAAGUGGCAGAAAAAAUGCAUUUGCAACAACAAUGGACAAGUUUAUGACUCCAAGAGCAAGACUUGCAGCUGCCCUCCAGGAAAAGUCUGGAAUGGCAAGUCGUGCAUUCAGGACUGUGGCAAAGACGCCCACUAUGAUUCCAACCAAAAGAAAUGCGUCUGCAAUAACAAGGGCGAAGUCUAUGAUUCCAAGAGCAAGACUUGUAGCUGCCCGCCUGGACAAGUCUGGAACGGAAAACAAUGCGUUGUUGAUUGCGGCAAGCAAGCACACUAUGACUGGCAUCAGAAGAAAUGUGUCUGCAAUAACAAGGGAGAGAUUUACAACUCCCAGAGCAAAACUUGCAGCUGCCCCGGUGGUCAAUACUGGAAUGGAAAGAAGUGCAUUUGUCCGUACGGCAAGGUGUGGAAUGGAAAAAAUUGCAUAGAGGACUGUGGAAAAGACGCUCACUUUGAUUGGAACCAGAAGAAGUGCGUGUGCAACAAGAACGGCGAAAUCUAUAACUCUCAGAGCAAGACUUGCAGCUGCCCCGGUGGCCAGUACUUCAAUGGAAAGAAGUGCGUCUGUCCGUACGGCAAAGUGUGGAAUGGAAAACAAUGUAUAGAGGACUGUGGAAAAGAUGCUCACUUUGAUUGGAACCAGAAGAAGUGCGUGUGCAACAAGAACGGCGAAAUCUACAACUCUCAGAGCAAGACUUGCAGUUGCCCCAACGGCCAGUAUUGGAACGGAAAACAAUGCGUUUGUCCGUACGGCAAGGUGUGGAAUGGAAAGCAAUGUGUAGAGGAUUGUGGAAAAGACGCUCACUUUGAUUGGAACCAGAAGAAGUGCGUGUGCAAUAAGAAUGGAGAGAUUUACAACUCUCAAAGCAAGACCUGCAGCUGUCCCGACGGCCAAUACUUCAACGGCAAGCAGUGUGCUUGUCCCUACGGCCAAAUUUGGAAUGGAAAGCAAUGUAUUCCAAAUUGCGGCAAGGACGCUACCUUUGAUGGGAACCAAAAGAAGUGCGUGUGCAACAAGAAGGGUGAAGUCUUUGACUCCAAGUCCCUGACAUGCAGUUGCCCAUCUGGCACCGUGUGGAAUGGCUACGCUUGCUUCCAGGAUUGUGGCAAAGAUGCCCACUAUGAUACUAACCAGAAGAAAUGCGUUUGCAACAACAAGGGCCAGGUCUUCAACUCUCAAAGCAAGACCUGCAGCUGCCCAGGCAACCAAUAUUGGAAUGGAAAGCAGUGUGCUUGUCCGUAUGGAUCGACAUGGGACAGUGGAAAGAAGACGUGCAAGCAAAACUCGUAUUGA